GCGUGAAGGUUUGAUAAAAGCAUCUGGAAUCAACUACUACUGAUCCUUUGGUGAUCCCCGAUGUGAACGUCUAUGAUUUCAUCUCCGUCAUUUCAAAGAAAGAGGUGAAAUAAUGAAGAUUUGCGUCAUUGGUGCUGGUUCAAGUGGCUUAGCCGCUAUCAAAGCUUGUAAAGAAGAAAACCUGGAUGUUAUAUGCUAUGAAAAAAGUGAGAACUUUGGUGGCUUAUGGAGAUACCAUGACAAAGAUGACGAUGGCCAACCUUCUGUCAUGAAAUCCACCAUCAUAAACACUAGUAAAGAGCUGAGUGCUUUUAGUGACUUUCCUCCACCCAAAGAUUUAGCAAACUACAUGCACAAUACUUGGAUGCUGGAGUAUUUUUCUCUGUAUGCCGAGCAUUUCGACCUUCUAAAGCACAUAAAGUACACAAGUGAAGUAAUUAAGGUUGAAAAGGCAGAGAAUUAUGCACAGUCAGGAAAAUGGGCUGUUAGUGUGAAAAGCACUGGUGAACAAGACUCAGAAACAAAUAUUUUUGAUGGUGUGAUGGUUUGUGCAGGUCAUCAUAUUUAUCCUCAUGUGCCUAAUUUUAAUGGAUUGGAAGAAUUUAAAGGUAAAGUAAGGCAUACUCAUUCUUUGAAAUCAUCAAAUGGCUAUGAAAAUUUGAAAGCUCUCGUAAUUGGAAUUGGAAAUUCAGCAGUUGAUGCAGCAGUUGAAUUGUGUAAAGUAACCAAUCAGUUAUAUCUUAGCAGUCGGAAAGGAAGUUGGAUAUUUUCAAGGAUAGGACCCAAUGGAAUGCCAUAUGAUGUUUUUUUGCAGAAGAGAGUAUUUGAGAUCCUAAGGCAUUAUAACUUUUUUAAUUUUGCAAAUUUCGCGUUGGAAUAUUUGUUAAAUUUUAAAUUUGACCACGCAAAAUAUGGUUUGAAACCGAAACAUCGAGUUUUAUCUGCACAUCCUACCAUAAAUGAUGCACUCCCAAACUGCAUUCUCAGUGGCAGAGUUGUUAUAAAGCAAAAUGUUAAAAAGUUUACUAAGCAAGGUGUGAUAUUUGAAGGUGAAGAUGAAGAACACAACAUUGAUGCAGUUAUAAUGGCAACAGGAUAUGAAAUAAAAUUUCCAUUUGUGGAUGAAACUAUUUUCAAGGUUUCAGAAAACAGUGUUGAACUAUAUAAAUUUGUGUUUCCACCACAAUUACAGCACCCAUCCUUAGCUUUUAUUGCACUGGUACAGCCAUUAGGUGCAAUGUUUCCUAUCGCUGAGGCCCAGAGCCGUUGGUUUGUGCAAUUGAUGCUGAAGAAAAUCAAACUUCCGUCCAAACACGACAUGGAAAUCGAAAUUAGCAAGCGACACCGCCAAAAUAGAGAUAAAUUUGUUCCAUCCCUUAGACAUACAAUCCAGGUUUUUUGGAUUUCAUAUAUGGACGAAAUAUGUUCCGAAUUUGGAGCUAAGCCCAAUUUGUGGAAAAUGGCUUUAAAAGAUCCAAAACUUGCCUACCUCUGCUACUUUGGACCGUGCACACCAUAUCAGUAUCGUCUGCAAGGACCCCAUACUUGGGAAGGAGCUAGAGAAGCAAUAUUCUCAGCAUGGGAGAGAAUAGAAGCACCAUUAAAAACUUGCAAGAGGGCAUAGGAACUUUAAAAAUCUCAAAAUCAUUUUAAAUGGUUCACGCUUGCGUAAAAGCAAAGAACUUCCUUAUCUGUGUGCUACCGAUAGCUGAUUAAGUGUUAAAUACAGAUAUAAAAACAUGAACAUAAGUGUAAUAAAACGCAAUAAAUACCCAUUGCAUGACGUUUUAACCCUUCGAGGCAUAGUGGCUUGAUUUAAGCCCGCCUAGCAAUUUAGUUUAUUUUUUCAGCCAACUGACAGAGUUGCUUCUAGUGAAUUCCUGAAUUCACAUGCUCUCAGUUCAAGAAAAAAAUGUAUUUUUAUGUUAUGUGUCUUAAAGUCUUAAUUAGGAGAAGCAAAAACGGCUGAAUAAAGUAGGUGCGAUUGUUUUGAAUCUGAAAAAAAUGUCCGGCUUUGGGUAUGAAAAACGAUGAAAGUUCCUUUUACAUAUAGCAUAGCUGUCAUGAACCAAAGAUUUUCUGAAAUAGUUCGACUAUAAUUGCCAUUCCGUAUCUAAGAAUACAAAUGAUACUUCCUUAACAAUUUCUGUUGAAAGAAAUCUGUUCUAAACUUUAAUAAAGGAAGAAACGAUAAAGGCCGAAUAUCACUGAAUACAAGAAGGAAACGAAGUUGCGGAUCUAAAUGUUGAUACUCAAGAUUUAGAUCAAGAUUUUUUGAAUUUAGAAUGUACAUACUAAGAUAAAGAACUGGAAUGCAAUUAUAUUGGAAAGUUCAAUCACUAGUGGGAAGAAUUUAAAAGAAAAUUAUUUUUCUGUGAAAAAUUAAGAUUACCGUUACUUCUUCCCACGACAUAUUUCAGUAAAUACUACAUUCGAUACUCAUAUAAAGACUAAUUGUUUGAUUUAAAUAGAAAUUUCUGGCCAGUUCGUACCUUAAAUUUAAUUGAGAAGAAGUAAAGACAUGACAUUAUAAAACUUACAGUCAGCAAAAGCAAAAAAAUACUUCAUGUAUCUCAUGUCAUAUUCUAAUGCACCACUA